AUGCAGUCGAGGCAACCUGAUCUGUUGUGCGCCGAGUUUAUCACUUUUCCGGCGGCCACCGCGUUUCUACUACUCCGUGUCAUCAGUCGUAGGAUCACCCGAGUUGGGUUUUGGUGGGAUGACUGGUUUGCUAUUCUCUGCUAUGCAACAGCCGUGGCAUGGGCCAUCAUGAUCCCCUUGUGGGUUCAGAGAGGAUUCGGCUUACACGCAACCGACGUCAAGGGCGCGUCCUUUGAAGAUGCAAACGCGACAACCAAGAAAUUCCUCUUUUUCAUCGAACACAUCUACGCCUUUACCCUCUUUUUCGCCAAGAUCUCCAUCUUGACAUUUUACUGGCGCAUGUUUCGAGUAACCAACAUCAAGAUUGCCAUCAAAGUUCUGCUUGGCUGCUCUAUUAUUUGGAUCCUGGCUCGGAUUCAGAAGCUCCAGUUGCCUGGGAUGCAGAAGUUGGGCAUUAUCCUCAUGUUCAUGUUUGGCAUUCUGGUCUGUAUCGCUGGUCUGGUCAUUGUCGGCGUCUCUACAACCUUUGACAACACAUCGCCUGACAUGACUUGGAACUUGGCCCCGAUUAUCAUCUGGGCCACGGUCGAAGUCAACUUGGUCACAAUUUCCACCUGCCUCCCUACGAUCCGACCAGCCUGCAUCUACAUCUUUACCUGCACCAACCCAACCUCAUCUCUCGGUUCCGCCUCCAACAGCUACGGACAAUCCUACGGUCGCAGCCAAGCCAAGAAGUCGAUCCGACUCUCAACCCUCCCCAAGGACGAAUCAAGCUCCACGCACCAGCUUGCUGGAGACGAAGAAGGCGGAAGUGGAUCCAUCUCAUCCGACUUUGAGAGUCAUGCCCUCGACAGACACCACGGCAACAUUGCCACCGUCACCGUGCCUAAUAAUAAUCGCACCUCGGGGGAUCAUCAUAACUCUGGCUCAUUUGGAGGAGGAAUCAUGGUCAAGAACGAGACGGUGGUUCGCGUGUCGACGGCGAAACCACGUUGA